AUUGCAUUACAUUGCAUUGCAACAUUAAUAAACAUUUAAUUUCUGCAUAUGACCUGAUCAGUCUCCAGUGAAGACACCUUAGAUGCACUUGAAAACAAGGCUUGACCCAGCAUUGGUUUUAUAGCAUUCAUUACCACUGAAGUGAAAUGGCAUCUGUUCAUACAGCUUUAGCAAUUAUAGGAAUGUUUUUUAUUGCUCCUAUUUUAAUACCAGCACUGUUUUGGGGGGUUGUAUUAUAUGAUUUUUUCAGCUCAGAACUGCCACCUGGACUUGAGCAACCUCUAAAGCUUCGUUUUUAUCACUGCUUGCUGAUUACAACCAUGGUCGCGGGAAAGAUUUUGGACAAGCUGGGGAUCUGCAGUGAUUUAACCAUACUGCGAAUAAUGCUCAAUGGGAUACCCCCAUGGAGAGAUUCCAAACUGCUUAUCAAAGAUCUCACAGUAGAUGAGGUACCCUUGAGGAUUUAUCAGCCCAAAAGCCCACCCACUGGCAAAAGAAGAGGAAUUCUGUAUUUUCAUGGAGGCGCUGGCACAUUUGGGAGCAUUAGAGCCUUUGAAAGAAUAUGCCGCUAUAUGGCCAAAAAAUGCAACUCAGUGGUUGUGUCUGUUGGGUACCGUCUGUCUCCUGAACACCCCUACCCAGGGCAAUAUUUUGACUGUCUCAGUGCCACCUUAUACUUCAUGAGGAAUUUAGAAGAGUAUCACGUGGAUCCUGGGCUCAUCAUCAUUAGUGGUGACAGCUGUGGAGCUAAUUUUGCCACAGUUAUUUGCCAAAUACUGCUGAAUGAUAGAGAUCUGCCAAAAGUACGUGCUCAGGUCCUGCUUUACCCAGGACUCCAGGGGCUGGAUUUCCACUUGCCCUCCUACCAGCAGAAUGGUUCUGUCCCCAUAUUGACCCGGAAGAUGAUCGUCUACUUGUGUUUUCGUUACCUUAACAAAAAACCCACAGUUUGGAAAGAUGUUCUACAAAACUGCCAUGUUCCUGAGAGCAUGAGACAACAGUAUAAAAAAUGGGUAAGUGCUGACCUUAUUCCUGAGGAAUUUAAGAUUAGAGGCUACAUACCACCAAAACCCGCACCAUAUAAACCUGAAGUCCAUGAAGCUAUCAAAGAAAUUUUGGCAAUAACAUUUUCCCCACUUUUAGCUGAAGAUUCCAUUAUUUGCCAGCUCCCUGAGUCCUACAUUGUGACCUGUGAGUUUGAUGUGUUGAGGGAUGAUGGUCUGUUAUACAAGAAGAGACUAGAGGACAAUGGUGUUCAAGUGACCUGGUAUCAUUGCAAGAAUGGCUUCCAUGGAAUUUUAGCCUUUUUUGGCUACGGGAUUUUUUCCUUUUUAUCUGGAAAUAAGAUAAUGGAUAAUAUUGUGAAUUAUAUAAACAGUUUAUAG